AGCGCCCAGUGUACCAAGCCUCUGUGACUCUUGAGGGCGGGCGAACCGGGUUGAGGUGGUAGUGUGAGCGGCUGCUGCCAUGUCGCUCUCCGUUCGUUUUCGGACUGCCUUUCCACGCUUGGUGACAAAUAUUCGCUGCCUUCAUACAUCAGCAGAAUGCAGAAGUAGUGAUGGAACUUUGUUUGUGCACAGAGAUACUCCUGAAAACAACCCAAAUACUCCAUUUGAUUUCACUCCUGAAAACUAUAAGAGGAUAGAUGGAAUAGUAAAUAAUUACCCAGAAGGACAUAAAUCUUCAGCAGUAAUCCCAGUCCUGGAUUUAGCUCAAAGGCAACAUGGAUGGUUACCUAUAUCAGCUAUGAAUAAGGUUGCUGAGAUUCUACAAAUGCCUCCUAUGAGAGUUUAUGAAGUAGCAACAUUUUAUACAAUGUUUAAUCGUAAGGCUGUUGGGAAAUAUCAUAUUCAAAUCUGCACUACCACACCUUGCAUGCUUCAAGAUUCAGAUAGUAUAUUAGAAGCCAUUCAGAAGAAGCUUGGUAUAAAAGUUGGGGAAACUACGUCUGAUAAACUUUUCACUGUAUCUGAAGUUGAAUGUCUGGGAGCUUGUGUAAAUGCACCAAUGGUACAAAUAAAUGACAACUAUUAUGAAGAUCUUACAACAAAAGAUAUUGAAAACAUAAUUGAUGAACUGAAAGCUGGAAAUGUUCCAAAACCUGGACCAAGAAGUGGACGUUUCUCUUGUGAACCAUCUGGUGGUCUGACUUCCCUGACACAGCCACCCAAGGGACCUGGUUUUGGAGUUCGGUCAGAUCUUUAAAACUAUUGUUCUAAGUGUAAAAAUCAUUGAAAAAUAAAUUCUAAAAUUUGGAUGAUGGAAAUGCAAGUUUAUAUUGUUAUUUUAAACAGGCUAAACAUGUAUUUUAUUUAUUAAA